AUGGCCGCUACUUCUAACGCUAAUGAAAAGAUUAAAACGAUUCAGGAAGAUGCAGCUAUCAUGUCGACAGAACCGUCAGAUGAAAUGGUGACUAGUGAUCAUUCAGACAAUGAUGAUGGGUCGGAGAUGUAUGAUUCAGAUGACAAUCAAAUUCAUGACUUUGAAGCAGAAUCUGAUUAUGAAUUCGAAGCUCCAGAUUUUGUCGAGUAUGAUGAUGAGGCUGCAGCAUUACAAGCCAAGUUCGAUGCUGAAGAUCUCCCUGCUGAUGCAGAAGUCUCUGUUCCAUGGCUUGCGGAGGACCGCACGAGACCCCCUGUCCCAUGUAGCAGUUCAAAAGUUCCCAUGCAGUUUCAAGAUGAUGAUUCUGAUGAAUCUAUCAUGAAGUACAAAUCUUUUCAAAGUUUCGACACAGUUGAAGAUUUCUCUGACCAUUAUUAUAAGUCAAAGUCAGUCACCAAGUCAAAGCAAGCAUCACAAAAGUGGACAAGGGCAAUUCAGCAGGACUGGAGACUUCUAGAGAAGGAUUUGCCUGACACUAUAUUUGCUAGAGCUUAUGAAGGAAGAAUGGAUCUUUUAAGGGCUGCCAUUGUUGGUGCAGCUGAGACUCCUUAUCACGACGGCCUUUUCUUCUUCGAUAUUCACUUUCCAUCAGAGUAUCCUGAUACACCACCGCUCGUCAACUACCAUGCACAUAAUCUGCGUUUAAAUCCAAACUUGUACAAUUGUGGGAAAGUUUGCCUUAGUCUUCUGAACACAUGGAACGGGAGACGUGAGGAGCAUUGGACCCCAGGGCAAUCGACUAUGCUGCAAGUUCUUCUCUCUAUCCAAGCUCUGGUGCUGAAUGAAAAGCCCUACUUCAAUGAGCCUGGAUGGGCACCCCAGGCUGGCACUGUACAUGGCGAGAAGGCAGCCCGGGAAUACAAUGAGAGUACAUUUAUUCUUUCAUGCAAGACAAUGGAGUACACGCUUAAGAAUCCCCCCAAGUAUUUUGAGGAUUAUGUACUAGGGCACUUCCGCGUUCGAGCAUAUACUAUUUUGAUGGCUUGUAAAGCUUACAUUGAAGGCGCUCUGGUCGGGGCGGUUGUUAAAGAAGAGGAGGAGGAGGAUAAUGAAAGUCAAAAUUCCUCCAAGAAAGAAGUGGGUAAAGAAUUGCAGAAUGUCAAUGAGGGUAAAAAGUAUGGCUCAUAUUACUACAAUAGAAAUCCCUUCCCGAGCGGGCACUUUAAGAGCGAAGUGGGUGUCAUGGCAGGAAACCUUGUCCCAAUGUUUAUAUCAAAAGGAGCUAAGAAUUGUGAGCAGUUCAUAUGUCUGGGAGACGCUUAUAGGUUAGAUGAAGCCAACUACACUAACAUUUUUAAGAAAGAUUUCUUCAAGCCAGUUAAGGAUCAAGAUGCAGCCGCUGAAUCUCAAGCUCAAAUUUAG